AUGGCUGCUGCUGUGUUGGACUGGACCACGGUCAUCUUCAUUGUGCUUCCAAACAUCUCGAUGCUCUGGGGUAAGGUGAGCAAGGACCUCCCACCUGAAUGCAGACAGUUCUAUUACCUGGGAGUACCACCACGGGGUCUGGAGCACCCGUCCCAGUGCUUCAUCUGCCAGCACUACAAUAAGAGAGCCCGCUAUGUUACACUGUACAACACUGCUCUGUACACACCCAUCUACUCUGCCUACACCUUCAAGCACUCAGCAGGAGAGGUGUGUGCCGACGUGCCCUGGAUGUAUGAGCCUCAGUUGUUCAGACCUGGUGCGACACAUGAAAUGCAACCUGUUCUCCAGGUGGAUCAGGGGACCCAGCCGUACGAGCAGGCUGGCCUUAGUGACUACAUGAAUGCGGCAGUAUAUGAGCGUGCCCCUCUGAACCCUGAUGUCCACCAGGAGGACCCAGAUGACAAGGCCUCCACCUACACCCUGACCAACACUGUGCCACUGAUGCCUGACUUUAUAGACCCAAUAUGGAGCAAACAGGAGCAGGCCAUCCGCACCCGCCUCAACAACUACUGCAGGGGACCCUCCUACAUAAUCACUGGGGUCACCACCUCUGGACGGACGAUGCGUGGGGAUAAUAUGAAGCGUGUAGCUGUACCAGCAUAUCUCUGGUCUGCAUACUGCUGUCCUAACUAUGAUCACAGCGCUCCCUUCAGUGUCCGAUACAAGUUCCCAGCAUUUGCUCAAUAUGGUCUCAACGCGGAGAAGGACAAUGAGGUGUUGGAGGUGUCUGUCCAGAAGCUCCAGGACUUUCUGAAGAACAUCAUGUCUGAGCAAAACAUCCAGAUUUUUGUGAAUGACUGUGCCCUGCCAGGGGACACUAAAUAG